CCCAUAGCAACAGUGCCCUGGCCCUGUGGUGCCAACGCACUGGGGCUGGGGCAGAGCCAGGCAGUGCCACCACCACGUGCAGCACUGCAGCGAUGAGGAGCAGCACCCCCACAGCCCCACACCCCUGAGCACACCCACGCUCACAGCAAAAGGGGAGAGUGUGCUUCCACUGGGAGGGCAGGACCAGCAAAGCAGGACACGCACCCAACAGCAGCAUCCCACAAUGGACCUCUACGGCUACCCCUUAAAGGCAAAGUUUACCUACCCAAAGCCACCGCCCACCAAGAUCCUGCCUGCCACCAGCACCGUGGCCGCCAGCUACAAGAACCGGAUUCCUUACCAGCCGGAGAGCAUCAGCCUCCCCUGGAUGCCCAACUCCUACUACAAAGCCGCUGCCCUCAACCCGACCCUGGCCCCCCUCUCUGAAAGCUUCCCGGGGUUACCCCCCACCAAGAUAAUUCCCUUCAUUUCCGAGAGGCCCAACGGCGUCUUCACCCGCCACACCCUCGACGACUGGCACAGGUCCAACAUGACCAACUACAAGGAGUCGGAGACCACGCGGCACAACGCGGAGCGGCUGCGGGCCGACCUCAACCGCACCAUCAAGGACGUGUACCUGCAGGCCAAGAGGACCCAGGGGGAGAGCACCAAGAACCUGGGGGAGCGGGUCAACGACAUAGAGUACUGGAAGUCGGAGCUCUGCCUCGAGCUGGAUGCCAUGAUCAGGGAGACCAACUCGCUGGCAGACAUGCAGAAGCGGCUGGAGAGAGCCCUGGCUGACACCGAGGGCCCCUUCCAGGUCGCUCACAAGUGCUUGCUUAACCGGGAGAAGAGGAUGGGCAUCGACCUAGUCCAUGACGACGUGGAGAAACAGCUCAUCACAGAAAUCAAGAUCAUCAGGUCCGUCCGGGAGAGGCUCCAGCAGUGCCUGAACACAGUGAAUAACCAGCUCAUGUGCAACAAGGAGGCCCGGCAAGAGCUGGAGAAGGACCUGGCAGACAAGCAGAUGGGCCAUCACAUCGACAACAAGUGCUACCAGCUGAAGAACACCUCCAGGGGCAUCCACUACUACAAAGGGGUGGAGCGGAUCGAUGCCACAGGGUUCUUGCUGUUUUCCAGCCUUGUCCAAGAGGUCAAUGAAAUCAAUGAGACGCUCAGGAACCUUCACCAGUGCCUCAGAGCCUCUGAGGACAUGCUGCAGAUGCUGGUCCGCUCCAAGGGUGUCUUGGAGCACGACCUGGUCGUCAAAAACAACUCGCUCUUCAUCGACCAGGAGAGGUGCAUGGGGAUGCGCAAGACCUAUCCCAGCACCGUGCAGAUCCUGGGAUAUGUGUCAGCAGGGCUCACCUGAACACGCAGAGUGUCCGUGGUGGGAUGUGUUCCUGGUUUUGUUAAGGCCCUUUGCGAAUAGAUUGUUACGAUUUCA